AUGGAAGGUGCUGCGGAGUCAAAACCUUACACUGUAUUCAACCCUACUCAGAAAACUCUACUUCUCUACGCUUGCUCAAUAUCCGCUAUCUUCUCCACUAUUUCAUCUCUCCGGAAUACUGUAGCGCCGUCAAUCUUCGGAACUCUCGCUGACGACAUCGGAAGAAGGCCUGUGUUAUUGUUCACACUUGCACUAUACCUCGGAGCAAAUGUCGGCCUAGCUUUGACGAAGCACUGUGUCGCGCUGGUCGUCCUGCGAUGUGUCCAAAGUGCAGGAGCAUCAAGCACCAUUGCCAUUGCCUAUGGCAUCAUUGCCGAUAUCUCAGUACCUUCGGAUAGAGGAUCCUUCGUCGGUGUUCUCUUAGGAUUCACCCACGCAGCACCCUGCCUCGGUUCUGUCAUCGGAGGUGUAGUCUCCGAAAAUCGGUCUUGGAGAUGGAUAUUCUGGCUUCUGGCAAUCGCAUCUGGAACCCAUCUCGUCAUGCUCACUAUUUUUCUCCCGGAGACAUCGCGAAAAUUGGUUGGGAAUGGCAACAUUCGCCCAACGCAUAGGAUAAACCACUCUCUCUACGCCAUGCUUCAUCGUCAAUCUCCUUCCGAAGAGCCUAUACGCACCCCAAUGUCGUUUGAUUUCCUUGGUCCCUUCAAAAGCUUGAAGACUCUCUAUAACAAGGCUAACUUCAUCGCCAUUCUCGUCGGCGGUAUCACAUACACGAUAUUCGGCUGUCUUCUCGCUAAAACCCACAACAUACUGCCCGGCUUUCCCAUCGAAAAGACUCGGCUGAGAUCAAUAUUCCCCGUCAUAGCUACAAGCUCCAUCGCCACGGUAGGAUACGGUUGGACGCUUCACGCAAGCCCUCACAUUACCGUCCUCCUUACGCUGCUUACGGAUCUGAAUCCAGAUAGGAGCUCGACCGCCCAGGCCAGCUACAGCUUGAUUCGGUGUUUACUGAGUGCUGGAGGAAUCGCAGCUGUCGAGGCAAUGAUACAGGGUAUGGGUGUUGGCUGGUGUUUCACUGCUUUUGCUGUCUUCGGCGCUUUAUGCGUGCCCCUUCUAUGUGUUAAAGAAGAAAGGAAAGAACUGGCGCUUGGAAGGCGUCGCGGAUACAGAUGACGGACCUACGGAGAAGGGAUAGUAGAGCAGGAUGUGAUUGGAGCCGAAUCGCAUGCAAAGUACAAAGGAAUGUCUGCCCCUGGAGAGUGUCAUCCAAGGAGGAUACACAACUAUCUGCAUUAACUAAUCUUGUCCUCACGACGUGUAUUGCGACAAUAUAACAAGCGAGGUAAGAUACCAAUCCAACGGUGACCAUAGUAUGU